CUCCGCGGCGGGCUCCGAGAACUGCGCACGCGCGCUGACCCCGGCGGGCCCUAGCAACCAGAGCGGUGACAGUAGCAACGGGCGGAAUGGCAAAAGCAACAACAAUCAAAGAAGCCCUUGCCAGAUGGGAGGAGAAAACUGGUCAGAGGCCAUCUGAAGCCAAAGAGAUAAAGCUUUACGCCCAGAUUCCCCCCAUAGAGAAGAUGGACGCCUCUUUGUCCACCCUUUCUAAUUGCGAGAAGCUUUCACUGUCUACGAACUGCAUUGAAAAAAUUGCCAACCUGAAUGGCUUAAAGAACUUAAGGAUAUUGUCUUUAGGAAGAAACAACAUAAAGAACUUAAAUGGACUGGAAGCAGUGGGGGAUACAUUGGAAGAACUUUGGAUCUCCUACAAUUUUAUAGAGAAGUUGAAAGGGAUACAUGUAAUGAAGAAAUUGAAGAUUCUCUACAUGUCUAACAACCUGGUGAAAGAUUGGGCUGAGUUCGUGAAGCUGGCAGAACUGCCGUGCCUGGAAGACCUCGUGUUUGUAGGCAAUCCUUUGGAAGAGAAGCAUUCUGCUGAGAGCAACUGGAUUGAUGAGGCAACCAAGAGAGUGCCCAGACUGAAAAAGCUGGAUGGUACUCCAGUAAUUAAAAGAGAUGAGGAAGAAGAAAAGUAACACCGUACUUUCCACUUUGUGUUAACUUAUUUAAAUAUAAGAAUGAUAGAUAAGUUUUAUAAAAUUAUCUAUUUUAAAGAUUCUGUCUUGGGCAAAAGGUUCUUAAGAUAAAAAAAACUCUCAUGUCUAUCAUAUUUUCCCUUAACUUAUUUACUGUUUCUCCUCAAAACUGGUAACACUGUCCAUCCUAGUCCUCAUUUUAGAAAUCACAGAUUUUCUGUGUUUGUCUUCAGUCCCAGUUAUGUACUGCUGAGACCUUUAUACACCAGUCAUUUUUUAAGAAGAAAGAAACAGAUGGUCCUUGGUUUGAUUUGUUUAGUUUUUGGUUUUGGAGGCUGGGCGUUUUAAAGCGUGGAAUGUCCUUCCCGAAGGCCCGGCUCCUCAGGGCUCAGGAGCACAGAUUCCUCCUGCCUUGGUUCAGGAGGCAGCAGUGAACGGAAGAGUUCCUCACAGACACACGGCAGCGGCCUUGGAAUCAGGACCCGGAAGUCCUGUAGCAAAUGCUGCAGCGAAAAAAGGAAAAAUCAGUCUCUCAGAGGCCUUCUAGCCUGUGUUGCAUUUACUUACUAUUUUUCUAAAAAUGUGUGCGUUAUCAACUGGAAUUUAGGUUGUGUUUUCACGCAUGGCCAUGGGUGUCCUUGUGGACAGUGUCACUCGGUGAUCCUGGCAGUGGCUAGAAUGACUGUGACAAUGAUUUUGUUGGCCCUGUUACUCAUGUGGAUUGGCCGGAAGCACACUUUCUGGUUUAUAGUUCCUUAUCUGUUCAAAGAAGUAGUUAUGUUUGAAUUCCUCACCUAAUUGGUGGCCAGUGGUAUAUAUCAAAAUUUGCCCUAAUGAUUUGGUCUGGUGACCCUCAUUGCUGGGAAAAGUAGUUGUUAUGAUUAUAUGAGGGGGCAAACCUAAAGAGUAAGUUUGGUACCUUUCAAUAAGUGAAACUUAGUAUUUCGUGUUUAUUUUGUGAGAAGUUCUAAGUUAAGCAGCUCUGAAAAUGUAUCCUGUAAGUGUUGAGGGAGAGAGAAGGGGGUAUUGGGGUGGGAUACCAGGCAAAUGGCAAUAUGUUUGAGGCUUGCCUCCUACGAGAAGCACUGUAGGUUAUUGAACCUCAACAUUGCAAAGCAAUAGUGAGAUACAGAGAUUAGAAUUUAUCAAGUAAGAAAGGAAUUGGUUUUUGGAAAAUGAAAGUCGUUGUAGGUCACCAGGUGAAGUCCACAGCAGGUCGUGGCUGAAUCAGUGAUAGGUCACGGAAGUCAGGGCCCUCUGCCAAACUGUGCCUAAAGUCCCUUAACCAGAGAUUGUGGAUUCUUGUUCCUUAUCUAUCGUGUGAUUUUACAGUUAAAGGGGAGAAUAGGCUUUUUUAGUGUAAUUACAUAGUCUUGGGUCUUGGAACUUUUCAGCUGUCAUUUAAGUAGGAAUGACUUGAUCUCUCUGAGUUACUCUGAUCAGAAGGGACCACUGCUUUGACAAUCAACACUAACUGUAAACUGGAGGAAAAUGCGGUGUAGCACCUUUUUGCUCUUUCAGUCUGACAGGGAGAAACCUUCACCUUGGCUGGCUUACACAUUCAAGGCCUUUGACAGUUCUUGUGUGAACCGUAGGUAGCGAGCCAUCGUUCUUGCUGUCCAGGGUGCAUAGGCUGAGAGGGAAAAUGAGCUUCUUGAAGCCAUACUGCUGUGUAAGGGGGUGUAUUUUCUAAAAGUUCCCCGGAAGUGAACAUAAAAGGAAAUGGAUGACUUCAUACUGAAUUUAUUUGUGAAAUGACAUGUAGUUUUGGUGUUUGGUGUUUUAGUUUUUUUUUUUUUUUUUUAAAUUCUGUAAUGUAGAAACCAGUUUUUUUCUCUGUUUGUGUUUUAGUCACUGGUAGUUUUCAGAGAAAUGUAAGGUGCUUUUUUUGUGUUCAUUUCAUACAACACUCAUACUCGGUUCCACUGAGCACAUGUUGAAUGCCUUCUGUGCAUCCCUGUUCCUGGACGCAAAGCAGAACCCAAAGGCAGGGGUGACGGAGUUCAGGACUGGCUCGCGUCGUCCCUUCCGUCGCCCCCUCUGCGCACAUGCAGCUCACAGAAAUGCCUGUGGUUUGUGCCGCUCGCAUUAGAUAUUUGACCCACAUGGAAUAGAUUUGCACUGUGCUCCUAGUGUAAAAGCAUUAAGCUAUUUUAGUGGGUCAUUUAAAUUUCUGACUUCUGUUCUCAUAACUGAUGGUGGAGCUCUAGAACCAGUCCAAUAUUUUAAUUUUUUUAUAGCAAAUUUUAGUCCACCAAGGAGUUCAGCUUUUCUGUGUUCCCUGACUCAGCUGUGGCUGUAGUACCUAAGCAGGCCUUGGCAGGUUUUUAUGUUCUCUGUUAAGAAGAGUUGUUCCUUUAGACCAGAGAUGCUCAGCCUUAACACUACUAACAUUUGGGGUUGGAUAAUUCCCUGUUUGGAGCAGGGAGGGGCUCCUGUGUACUGUGGGACAUUUAGCAUGCCCCCAGCCUCAGCCUACUACAUGCCAGGGGCACCCCUUCCCUGCAGACAUUGCCCGCUGCCUCCUGGGGCCAGGGAGUGGGCACGAGUGACCCUCUGGCUAAGAACUCACACUCUUCACACCAACAUUCCUUUUCUCCAGGGUCUACUUACUUCCCCUCUGUGACCAUGGCCCCUUAAGCUGUUAGGUAUGAGAGGAGGUGCUGUGUUUAGUGAUCAUGGAAGGAAGGGAAUGGCCGCUGGCACUUCUCUGUUCUGUAAUGCUUAUUUUCAUAAUUUUCACUUCAUAUUAGAAACUCAGGGCUGGAAGGUUCGACGACAGCAGGCUCUCCACUUUGUUUCUUAGCAUGCUUGCUCAUCUUAGGACAGUGAUUACUAACCUACCUCUCUGCUACUGUGAACAGAAUCCAGCUUUAUGGUAGAUUUUGCCUUGUCUAUGAAGUUUGUUUUGCGUAUUUUGUAGACAGUGGGUCAUCAUUCUUUGUCAUUUGUUGUUUAAUCACAGAAUUUUGCAGAAGCAGUGGUAGGUACAGAAAACUACCGUCUAAGAUUUGGUAGUUGUGUAGAAAAGUUGGUGUGCACGUCAGUUUUGGGUGUGAUUGACAGAACGUUUGCUUGUCUACUUGAUGUGGCCACUGGAUCUGUUCUGCGUACAAGGGUUGUGUAAGAUGCUGAGGUUCGGUUCCAGUGUGGGAAGAGGAAUGUGGAUCUGAACAGGUCCCCUCCUGCCGCCUUCCACCUGGGCUCUGAAGCAGAAUGAGGAGGAUGGGGAGGGAGCCUUGUCUGUUAGCUCAUUCUCAGAGUUGAUGUGUAGGAGUGGGAAUCCUCUGCCUGGCUUUUCUUUGGGCUAAAUUGGGAAAGUAAGAAGGCCUAGAAAGCUUGGAUUUAAUCAGUCAUUUAACAAGCCUGAGGGAAGUGUCACAGGCUCUGUCCUGAGUCUUGAGUGGCGCUCUGACGGCAGCCGAGUCAGUUCUCAAAGACGUCACACCUCUCAAGUAUUGGCAGAAGGACACAACCGCUAAGCUACAAGUUAUCCUUUACAAGGAGUCCAUUCCUUGGCACGGAUUCUCUUUACUGGGGCUGUUUAAUGUGGCCAUAAAUAAUGGGAUCUAAAGCAGGAGUCAGAGUAGCAGAGCCGGUGCUGCCGCAGGAACAGCUAGCCCGUUUUCCUUUAUCUAGCUCCAGCAUGUGUUGAACCGUUUUAUUUUUUGUAGAACUAUAAAGCAGGCAUAAUUUUUAAAUCAAGGGUUAUGUUUAAAAAUCAUUGAACUUUUAAAAAUUUUACCUUUUUUAUUUGAGAGGCAGAGACAGAAAAAGAAACACAGGUAGACAGAUAGCUCCUGUCUGCUGAUUCUUUCCCCAGAUGCCUGCAGUGGCCAGGGCUGGUCAGCCAGGAGCUGGGAAACUCAGUCCAGUUCUCCUUCCCUGUGGGAAGCCAUUGCUGCCGCCCUUCAGGGUCUGCAGCUAUGGGGAGCUGGAGUCAGGAGCCAGAGCCUGGAAUCAAACCCAGGUGUUCCUGAUGUGGGACACGGGUGUCUUAGCCAGUGUCUUGUCUACCAGGCUCAGUGCCUGCUGCAUUCCUGAACUUUUAGAUACCAUAUCCAUAUCUUUAUUCCUACUUUUUUUUUUUAUAAAUCAGUGACUGCAAAGAACAGUACUGAAAGGGAAAACUAGACCGAGUCUUAGCUUUUCUAACCUAAAAUAUAUUGGUAAAACUUUUCAUGUAAUCCUUAUAGAGAUCAUAACUGGAUUCUAGGUGAUUUCCCAUAUUGGGCAGGUUAGAGGGGAACUAGCCUCCAAAUUAUGAUCUAACCAGGUUAACAAGGGAACAGGGAUAGUAAACUGUUUUCAGUAGAUUUGCACUUUAAAAUUAUGAACUGGAUGUUGGUGGGAAGUACUUCCAAAGGGCAGAUGACUAAAUGCCUACCCUGUGCAUGUUAGAAUCCGACCUCUCUUGCUUGUCCUAUGCCGACAUGAGCAGUUGCUGACAUGGGCGUCAGCAGAGCCAGGAUUUCCCUAUUUCCCUACAUGGGUCUUCUUCCAUGUCUGCCACCUCUAAGAGUAUCCCUCUGAGGGAUGUGGUCAGGUAGUUGUACUCAAAAUAAAAACUUUAUGAGUUAUCAUUCCCAAGUCUAAAUGUAAAGAACUAAUUUAGAUGUUGGCUAAAUUAAAUUUUAUGGGUGGUAAGGGAGCAAUCCCAUCCAGACACCUGUGAGUUGGAAGCCAGAGGGAAUAUGUACCUGCUCAGCUACUUCUCCCAGGUGUUGGUGGUGAUCACAAGCAGCAUUCCAGGAUGUUUGGCUUCUAGAACCAACUCCGUUCUGAAAGACACUUUAGCAUCUAUUAAUACUUUGGUAAUAAUCUUUUAUACACAGGAAUUUUGUAGCAUGACAUUAUGGCUAAACUUAUUGUGUGUUAAAUUAUUUAGAAAUGUUGAGUUUCUGAGUGU